AUGCAAGAACCUCCUCGUUCAUUUGAGGAAUUUUUACAUUCUUGCAACUUGGAUGAGUGGCCAAGAUUCCCUUACGGGCCAGAAGUGGAUGUUCGUCCUUUGAUUGCUACAUUAAGAAAUGACUAUUCCUUGGACAACAUUGCUAAGUAUCUUUAUGACAAUGUUCCUCUUUCAACUGAAAAGCUCUCCAACUUGGAGGAGAAGGUGGAGGAAUGUAAAAUUAAAGUCCAUGAACAUGCUAAAAAAAUAGUUCAUUUGGAAGGUAGCGAAGAGGGAAAAGAACAGUAUUUCCUGGAGCAAGCUGUUGAGCCUUCAGCUGCUGUUUCAAAGGACUUUUUGGUGAUGACAAAGAAGAAAAAGAAAAAUUACAAGUUCCCUGGUUUCCAGUCACAUCACCUUACAGAUCUGCCGUGUCAACUAGAAGCUGCCCAGCUUUGGGAUUCAGUUCUAAAAGUUCAAACUUUCAAACAUGGACUUAAUUUAAAAGUUCUGAAGAAAUUGUUUCUCUCAGAAGCAUCCAUUGCACUUUUACAGGAUUGCUUUUGGUGGUGGUUUCUUCAGAAGUUCAAGCCUGACCAAGGAGAACAGGAUCACCUUUUUGACAGAAUAUCAGACAGCUUUGUGGCACUUCUGUUGAGUACUCCCAAUUACAUAAAAGAUCCUUUCUUUCAGAUGUAUCCUGACUGCUUGUCACAAGCCAUCUAUCUUACUUUCUAUGAAGCUUUUCCCAAUUCUCAUUUUGGUGAUGAGUUUAAAGAUGAACUAAUGGAUUUAAUUUUCCAAUGGAUAAGAG